CAACGAAGCAAUUAAAGAUGGACGCGUGUUGUUCUUUUGUCAUUUUGUAAAUUUGCGACUUUAUGGCAAAAUUUACAACAUUUUGUGCAUAUAAAUAUAAAGUAGAUCCAGACUAUAAAGAUUUGGAUCUGAGGUGAAAGUAUGAGGCGACUUGGCAGUGAAUUGAGACAAAGGAAACAUCUUAAAGUCAUACAAGAAUUAGAUGCAUUUCCCAAAGUACCAGAAAGUUAUCAAAAGACCACAGCUAGCGGCGGAACAGGUUAUAUUUUAACACAUGUUCAUUUUUGCUUUGUUCAAUUUAUUAUAAAUAUAAAACAGGAUUGAUGUACAUUAUAGGCUGAAAGCAAAUGUAUACAUUAAUAUAAGCUUGAGGGGUUUGUUAAAUUGUAGAUGGAAAUUAAUCAAAUUAUCGAGUUCCUGUGAUUAAAAUAUUGAUAUUUAUAAACUUGGUGAACAAGCCAUGUGCAUAUAAAUUGCUCAGGAUGGGUCGUUGCGUUUUAAAUUUCCGAUUACCCCUGGUUUGCACAUUUUUAAGGCACAAAGCUGAUUCCUGUAGGUUAUGCAUGAGUCAAUUCCAGGAGUAACCAUCCCCCCGGGAACACACCUGGGAAUUUGAUUUGAUUGGUUAUGAUAGUGUAAAUGCCCGGGUGCCGGGACACAACUUGAAGACUAAUGCACGGCCCCUGGGCAAGCUGAGAGUGGAAAAUGCCCCACCCCGGGGACGAUUUUACAGUCGAUUUCACAAAACUUUGACCACAAAUGUUUGGAACUUCAUUGUGAAGUUCGCAAGUUUGUUGCGAAGUUCGGAAGCUCAUAUUAGAAUUCACAAGCCAAUUUGUAAACAAAGUCCCUAAUUGGUCCAUGAAGUAAAAGAAGCCAAUCAAAUGCGUAGCUUUAUACGAACUGGUUUGUGAAUCUCAUUAUGAACUUUUGAACUUCGCAACAAUCUUGUGAACUUCGCAACGAAGUUCGGAGAAUUUGUGGUCAAAAUUUCGUGAAAUCGACUGUAAACGUUAAUUAAACUUUUAAUGGCAUAUAAUCAUAGUGAUUUAUUAAAUUAUAGUAUUAAACUGCUAUGGAAUAUUAUAAAACAUAAACCUUUAAUAGUUCGCUUAUUCUUACAAUAAAUUUCACGCCACCUUGACCACGAGGGCGCAAAAUACGAUCAGCGCAUCCACAUGCGUGCCUGAAACUAGGUUUUGCUGCCUUAAAAUUUGUGGGUGGGAUUCUGGGCAACCAUUUGUCAAAUCCCUGGGGUCCUCCAAUACCCGGCCCCCGUGUACAUAAAUGAAAGGCAAAUUCCCGACCCCCGUGAACUGUCUAUUGGGCAAAUUCCCGGGGGUGUCCCGGGGGGGGGGGGGAUGGUUACUCCAGGAAUUGACUCAUGCAUUAUUUUCUCUUGAAAACCUACGCUAGGUAUGAUAUUACAGUCAAACCAGAUGUUCUGGUCCCCUGAAUAUUGCAAUAUUGUUGGGAAUAUUGCAAUUUUGAUUUGCAAGAUUGCUCUGAGCAAGUUCGACGUGAUCAAAUUGCAAGCUGAAAUUCACAACCAGAUUUGUGAAGAAAGUCUCUGAUUUGCUACUAGUAGCCAAGAAGAACCAAUCCAUUUGCACUCGCCCGCUGACGAGUAAAAUCGUCUGGCAUUAGACAGAGUAAAAUAAUAAAAUGGGGCGCAUUGCCACUUAUAGGGUUAAAAGUUACGAUUUGAAGCGACAAGUGAAGCUUGUUUUUACAAGCUUUAAUAUUUCCAAGUUCCACUGCAUGUGUAUUGCUUGCUAGAUCUUGUUCGCUGCCCCCUCCCGCACACACAUUGUUGUCAUAAUAUUUGCAUGAAUUAGAAAAUCGUUCCAUCUUGAAGAGAACUGGGGUGUGGGGGGAUGUGUCCUUUCCAACCUCCCAUGGUGCUGUCACUGCAGCUAACCCUAACCCUGGUUUGGAAUGACCACCUAGCGCCCUCCAAAUUAAAAUCUGGCAUUCACCCAGAAAACCUAGGGCCAAAAAAAAAAUAUGUGGGUUUCUGGUUUCCUCUUGUAAAAACUUAGGUAGGGUAGGUCAGUUUUAAGUUUUUUUCUUAAACUUUUUUUUUAAUUUUCCUAACAACCAGAUGCCAUUUUGUUUAGUCAGUGCUUCCACGUCCAAACAUAAAUUUCCCUAAUAUUGCCUCAAAUUUUCAUUUUCCACAAACAUUUUGCUCUAAGUGGAAACACUUACAAGCGUGAUCCAAUAAAAAAGUUUAGGGUCGGGAUUUCAACGUCCAAAAGCUAGGUAGGGUCGGGAAACCGGAAACCCACAUAUUUUUUUAUUUGGCCUAGUAUCCCAAGUUUGUACUGUACUUUGAGUUGGAUUCCAAUCAAAUCUCGAUAAAUCAAACAGCUCUGAGCGUUUUGACUUUUGUUUGCGGCCGACGCUACUUUUGCGAUAAUUCAAUGAAAAAUAUAUGUCUAGUCUCAGCAACAUUUUUGACAGCAAGUAUGGCAUUCCAGAAGUCAAUCAAUCUAUUACUACUUUAUAGAUUCACCAGUUCUUGCUUCAAAUCAUGAACAACAGUCAUUGUGCAGUUUCACGUUCAGUGUGAUUUCAAAGUGGAACCAUUUACGGUUCUUGCCAUCUACAGCAUAAUAACUCGAUUGACUUGUGGUUGGUGUACUUGUUGUCAAAAAUAUCGCUUGCUUAAGCUCUUUACUUUAAAUGGUAUAAAUUCGACAUAGAUGAAGUGUAAACAGGGGUCGAAAUUUAAAUUUUUUGUACUAUACAGCCGCAAUAGUAGAUUUUUGUAUUUACUAUUCCGUCUGAAGAUCCACUAUUCCUUAAUGUACUGUUUCUGAUUUUCAUGAAAUCAUGGCAUUGCGCUGUACAGUGAUGAACAAGUUAUUAAUAAAAAACAAAGUUCAAACACUGAAAUGAACUUGCGAACUUUGUUGCGAAGUUCACGGCCAAUUUCCGAACUUGGAAACGUAAUCGGCAAGUUCGCAACAAACUUGGGAAUAAUAUUGCUGCAAAUAAAUUAGAAUACGCAAGUACUGCAAGCGAACAAGAACUUAGCUACGAAAUGGAACAGUACUUGGCUCAAAGUCUGGUAUAAAGUGAUAUAUUAUAAGAUCAGGAAAACCCUUGCUUGUCGAUAUUUGGUACCACAAUUUUUUCUUACUAUACAUUAAGUCAAACGGAAUACUGUGAUCAUGAAGUUUACUAUUCCGGCAUGCAUUUCAGUAUAUUCGGAAUAGCGGGAAUUUCGACCCCUGGUAAAAUAAGACCUGCUUUCCACCACAACAAGGCGACGUGUAAACAAAGGUCAAACAUAGUGAUUCCUUACUGUAUGUACCGUUCUCAUUUCUGUCAUAAACAAUAAUUAUUGUAAUUGUUUAAUUAUUUAUUUUUAUUGUAAGUUAUACUUAAAAUAUACAAUCAUGUACAGUACUUACGGUAAUAAACAUGUUUAAGCAUAAUUAUCGUAAAAUGUUCUGUUCUUUUUCAGUUUCAAUUCUCACCUUCCUUUUCAUUGGCAUAUUGAUCAUCUCAGAAUUUCAAUAUUACCGAGCAACAGACAUUCAAUACAACUAUGAAGUGGAUACUGAUUCGGACAGGUAUAAUAUACUGUGCAGUCUUAUUGAAAUGACAAACCUACAUGUAUGUACAAGUUAACACGUAUGUGUGCAAAAGUAUAAAGGUUGCAAUAGACCUUUUUAAAAAGCCUGCCUUGUGAUUGGUUUGCGGAUAAAGGAAAACCCCGCACAGCCAUUUGGCUUGCCUGAUUGGCCAAACGAUCAUAUUUAUCCAUAAACUAUGUCUCAAGGCAGACUUUUUAAAAAGGUCUAUUCCUGAACAAUGUAUUAUAUUUCAUCACUUCCCGUUCCCUACUACCUAUAUUUGCAAUCUAUAGAAAAUUACAUUUGCUACAAAUAUAGGUUACCAACUUGAUUUGUGGUAAAUCUCAGUUUUUAAAACUUUGAAGCCUAGAUUCUGCCCAAAUAUGCUUAUUAAUAAUACCCUGCCUGCAGUGCCAAGACUUUCUUAUUUCUGUAAGUUCAUUGUUAGAGUUUUGUAACAUCCUGUAGUCAGAUUUACUAUUAACAGGCUUUCAGAGUUAUUGGUGGGCAUAUAUGGUUGCCACUCUUUCCAAUGUUUGCCAUGCACUGACAUGUCGUAAUUUCCUCCAGCUGAUGGGAGGAAACCGGAGUACCGGAUCAAGGCUAUGGCCAUGGUUGUCAAAGAAAGUUAUUAUUAAGCCCUAAAUAAAACAAAUAGAACUUCUAAAGCGUGAAAUAGUUACAGUGUCUUACAAUGAAAGAGCUUAUUAUAAAUAACAAUUUCCUUUAUGCAGUUUGCGAUGAACACGAUAUAGGAUGAACACGCAUGUGUAUGAUUGCAUGGCGACAAAAACUUGUGAUGAAUAUGUUUGCGAUGUUACUCUGAGUGCAUAUCCACACCGGGCGAGCUUGAAAAAUAUGCCCGGCCACGGUGGGAUUCGAACCUACGACCUUUGGAAUACCAGGUCGUAGGUUCGAAUCCCACCGUGGCCGGGCAUAUUUUUCAAGCUCGCCCGGUGUGGAUAUGCACUCAGAGUAACAUCGCAAACAUAUUAUUCACCUGAGUACACAACACCAACACAGAAAAAUUGUGAUGAAUAGUUUAAUAAAGAACUAAUUAUUUUCCUUUGACAGUAAACUACAGAUCAAUGUUGACCUUACAAUUGCUAUGAAAUGCCAAGGUAAGAAUCUAGCUAGUGAUUGACCGAUAAUCGGUAUCGGUAUCAGGCCGAUUUUUGCCUUAUCGGUAGACAAUCGGAAUCAGUAUAGAAUUAUCUAUAUUUCCGAUUGUCUAAAACCGAUUGCUGAGAAAAUGCACACUUUAAAAAUUAUAUGUACUGCACGUUGAUACACGUCGCGUUUUAACGCAAUAUGUUUGGUCAUCAUCUACACCUGCUGGUUAGUUGAUUAUAACAGUGAAAGGCUAUAAAACUAUAGAAAUCGUCUUUCUAAAGAACGAGUCACGAACAAUGAUCAUUUUUGUUUCUGAAAGCCAAUCCCAAAACAUGAUCAUUUUAGGUAGGUCUUUACCCAAUAUGUUAAAGAAAAUGCGUGAAGCGUGCCAUUUACUAACAGUUUCACUUUUAACGAUCUUUGGUUGCGGUAACAUGUUGAAUGAUGUCACCUUCACUCGGUCGUCUGAUAUUAUGAUGUCAUUAUAAAAUCGGUGUCUGGCAGCUAGAUUGUGGCAUGCAGGCCUCGAAAUAGAUCUGGACGUUAUACCGGUCAUUAUGACCGGUGGAUCACUAAAUUUACCGGUCACAGCGGAGUUUAUGCCGGUCAUUGUCACUCCUUGGCUUCUUUUUACCCUGCAUUCCAGGGUUUUUUGUUUUGUUUUUUUUUAAUUGAUAAUUGAUAAUUUAAUAAAAUACCGAUUUGUAACUUAAAUUACAUCAGUAAAAAGUCUCAUUAUACUACAAUAGAAUAUCUAGAUGCAUAAAAUUAUUCAUAACUUCAGUUGAAAAAGUUAUAGAGUUCAAAUUUAAAAAUAUUAAAAAUAUUAAAAUUAUGGUCUAUUCAUAUGUGAAACCAUCUGUGGAAAAAACGAUUUCAUAAAUCUGUCCGUUUUACAACUAUAGUUAUUAUAAUCGCUUCCAUAACGUGUAUUAUAGUUAUGUUCAAGUUUAGGCGGUAAGAGGUCACCCAAUUUGUCUCCAUGUGCAUUUUUAACAAAAAAACGUUCGCAUAAUAAUCGCCGCCGAUCUUUCAGUAAGGGUAUACCAGUAAUACUGCAAGCUUCUCUAUAAGUAGCGAAUGGCAAGACAAUACGCAGAGCCCGCUUCUGGAGUUUUUCGAUAUCUUCACUUAGGUAUUCUGUAAUAUUGAAGUGCCAAACUUGGCAGGCAUAUUCGAGUACUGGUCUGAUAAUGGUGCAGUAUACCAAAAUUAGAAUGCUAUUGUCGGCAUUUGAUCGUUUUAACAACCUUAGCAUAUAAAGGCGUUUUCCCGCUUUUUUAACAAUAUGGUUCACAUGCUCGUUCCAUUUCAAAUCAUCUUGGAUUGAGAGACCAAGAAUUCGGGCAGAUUUUACCCGCUCAAUACCAACGUUAUUUAUAGUUAACGGUACAAACUCAUGUUUUUCUCUUGCAAAGUCAAUUACCAUUUCCUUACAUUUGCCGAUGUUGAGCUUCAUAUUAUUAACUUCACACCAAUUAUAGAUAACAUUCACUAGAUCUUGUAGUUCACUACUCUCAGUUGAUGUAACUCGUUCAGCAAACGUACUGUCAUCAACAUACUUCCAUCUAUCGCUCCAAUCAAUAAGAAGAUCAUUUAUCAUAACAAGGAACAAAGCCGGCCCUAACACCGACCCUUGCGGCACUCCACCGUUUAACGUUUGCCAGUCCGAAUGACAGUUAGCCAACUUGACUCGUUGUUUACGAUCAGAGAGAAAACUUCUAAUCCAAUUUAUAAUGGUUUGGGAAACACUCAUUUGUUGUAGCUUAUUCACCAGUAUGUUGUGAUCUAUUCGAUCAAAAGCUUUUUCAAAAUCAAGCAAGAAUACUCUCACCGCAUUGCUUGAAGCAUCUGUAGCACUCAGGAGGUGAUGGAUCAGGCUCAGUAGGGCAUGGGUGGCCGAGAAAUUUUUGACGGAGCCAAACUGCCGCGUAUCAAUCUUUGCACCAAUUGACUUGAGUAACCAGUCUGUAACAAACCGUUCGCAAAUUUUGGAUAAAGUGCGGGUAAGUGAGAUAGGGCGCAAAUCUUUAGAAAUGUCUUUAGGGACUGAUUUUUUUGGAACAGGGAUAACGUUCGCUUUUUUCCACAUUGAGGGUACAACUGCAUUUUGAAUCGAAGCGUUGAAAAUCGAUGCCACAGGGGAAGAAAGAACGUAUGCAUAAGAUUUAAGCACCCAAUUAGGUAUUCCGUCAGGACCAGGUGAUUUGGAAACGGGGAUGGCGGACAAUUUACAGUAUACAUCUUUUUCUUCGAUAAUAAACUGUGGAAGGAUACUUGUACUGCCAUUUUCAAUUAGGUCAUCAACUGGAGACUUAUUCAAGGGAGGAAUAUCUUGGGUUUGAUUAAUAGGUUUGCGCAAAUCCCCGUUGACAGACAACCCAACUUGCGUGACGUUGUAGUGAUGAAAGUUGAAGGCGUUUUUGACAUAACUACCGUGAAAAGCCUCGCUAUGAACUAAAGCUAUUACAACACGUUUCGGUAACACACCUAGGAAUACAUUUUCCCGAUCUAAAGACAGCAGACCUUGCGGAAUUGCUAUAGAUUUCACCUCCACUCUUGAAAUGGGAUAUUUUGCCGUUGUUUUGUCCAAAAACUUUUCGUGAUCUAAGCGAAGGGUUGGACUUACACUCACGCGACGCACGCGCAGCACGGCUUCUUCAAUCAGAACUUUAUAUGCCGGAUCUUCACCACCUGCCAUUAAGCAAAAACUGUUCGCAGAUCUGACCAAUUUAACUUUAAUGUCGACUCCUGGAAUAAUCAGGCGUUCUUGAAAGCAUAUGUCCGCAUGUAAAGGCCCAGACAUAUCACAACUUCUGCUUGUCGCUACAAAACCGUGUCGCUUUUUUAAACCCAUGUUUGCAUUAGCAUCGAGCGCUCCUGGGUUAUGGACAUCCAUUUUACCAGCAGUAUCCAUAUAGAAUAAACUAGUUUGCAUACGCGAUCUCAUGGCUGCCGGACCGAAGUUAAGUAAUGUCUCGAUCAUGGCGCGGUAAGAAUAAGUUGUUGCGCUUGCCGUAAUCAAUUUAUCGUUGAGUGAAAAGUUCACUUGACUAAACAGCGAUUGCAAGAAUAGAUUCUGCGGACCGACUUGAUCAUCACCUCCGAUGUUCUCUCCAUCAGCGGCUUUUACUUUAACUUUUACGUACAGUUGCAUGCGACUAGGGUCUACAUAAUCUUCUCCAUUGCCCGGAACAAAAAAUUCGAUAGGUGCUGAAUCUUCACCAAGUGUUGACACCGGAUAAUAAUCCACAAAUUUACUUUUCUCGACCGCCACUUGCGUGGGUGGAACGCUAAAUAGACUUAAUUCAUCUUUACUACAGGCUUCGGAAUCGUAAUGGAUAGGCUUCAGCAUCGUUUAGUUACCAAAUAUAUCGCUGUACGCCAACUUUUUUUUGGUCUUUGACUUAGGUAUGUUCGCCUUGCGAGGUUUUUUCGACUGACUGACAGUUCUAACUUUGCCUUUCCUUUUAAUCCCCCUGCCAUUACCACUUUGCAUGUUUGAUUGAGUGUGACUAAUUGCUUUUUGUUUCAUAUUUCCAGCUGCCUCGCGUAAACGACUCGCGGUUGCCGUUUUUAUAUUUUUCCCACUAAGUAAAUCUUCCCCAAUGGCGACACCUGUCUUUAGGGCCUCUCGACCUACUUCUUUACCUCCCCGAAUUAAAUACGGAACUGCGCUGCGAAAUAAUCUUCUAAAAAUUUCUCCUAAACCAUUCCCUGUUUGUGUUCGAAAUCUACCAAAUCCUCUUUGUCUUCUUGCUCCUGAAAAGACUGGCAGAGCGCCACCGGUUUGCCACUGUUGCAUAUUAAAAGUAUAUUGAAUGGUUUGGUCGAAGGUGAAGUGUACAGAUUGACCGACCGUACUCAAAUGGCACUCGUCUCCCUGACUCGUCCGUUAUAUGUACUUCCAAUGUUUCAAAUCGUUUCGUACCGAUUGGAAUAUAUAACGGAUUCUGGUACGUUUUUGUAAUUGUAUCACCGUAGUUUCCCUUAAUUUGAACUGCACGCAGCAACGGCACUUUUUUGUCACCAACAAUUUGAUCGCUCACAAUGUUACAAUACACAAACAUGGAUGAGAAUCCUGCAUUAAUAUCUGCUGCAUAGAGGGAUGUUGUUUUCUUUGUGACAUAACAGUCUUGAUCAAAACCUAACACUGCAGCAAUAUCACCUGUGAACCAGACGCUCGCUUGCUUUUUCACAUCUAUCGUUACUUUACGUGUGCGCCGAUUAUAGGUAAACUUAAUUUUGUCUUGAACAUCUUUCGACAGGCUUCCGUUUAAAUUUUGACAAAAUCAAGUAUGCUCUCGUAAUGCCCGCUGUCGAUUAUCGGUGUAUGUCGUUCACUCCCCACCAUAUAGAUAAAUGUUUGUUGUGUACCAUGUCGUAUUGUACUCCAUGUAUUCGAGUAUUGAAUUUCAACAAGAGCUACCUCCCAAUCGCCUGUGAGGGAAAUCGUUUCUGGAAGUUUCACAUUGAAAUUCGCCACUGUGUUUGAAGGGAAAAUGUCCAUACAGCUAUUGUUAGGUAAAGUUAAGAAAAAGGGUUUCAACCUUUCCAUCACGGCUGUUGACGUGUCACUAAACUUAUUUUAUCAGUGUAAUGUCUUUUUCAUCUACCCAACUAUUGAAUUUUGCUGGGUAAUUUUUCCAGCUUACGAGAUAUUGUUUGUGUCCGUUUCUUGUUCGGGAGCGAAGAAUGCUGUUCACUGUGUACAGGUCGUCUUUUUUAAUCACUUUCUGGAGUUCAUGCUCGUAAAAUAUACCAUCAAGUAUUUCGUUUUCAUAAUCCUUGAUUUUGUACACUGGGGGAUCUCGCGCAAUCUGUUCAGCUAUGGUGAAGUUUUCCCCUGUCCAUCCCUGAUUGUAAGCCUUCUCAAAUUGCCUUCUUGUCUUACUAAUUUUGACUAAAUCACCUAUGUUAAAUUUGAACUUGACUUUAGGUUGUUUCUUUCCAUAGAGCGUUUGUCUGACUUUGAAUUCAUUUUCCCUUGUAACAUUAGCUGGCAUUUCCUUGAUCGAGCGAUGAACAGUAUGGUUGUACGCGUGUACUAACUGUUGUAGCGUAUCGAUAUAACGGACAGUAUUAUUCGCCGUGAAAUAACGAUAUAUUUUCUGCUUCAAUGUUCGUAUAAACCUUUCGGCUAUGCUGGCUUUGGUUUCACUGUUCGUGGUGAAAAAGUGAAUGCCAUAUUGCCGCAUGAGAUUUCGAAAUUGCGAAUUCAAAAACUCUGUGCCUUGAUCUGUGUGAAGAUAGUUAGGCACGCGCCCUUCUUUCAAAACUUCACGAAAAGCUCGAGUAACAACUGGAACAGUUUUAUUUUUUUGGGGUCUGACCCAAGCAUAUUUACUAAAACAGUCGAUACAAACAAGUAGGAAUCUAUAGUUGUCGUUUUGUGUGCUUAAAGAUUGAAAGUCUGCUAAAUCCGCUUCAAAUUGGUCAUCGAUGCCGGCAACAAAAACUCUAGUGCGAGGGUAAUUUUUACGAACAGGUUUGUGUAAACUGUACGUUUCUUGCGAGCGCAACCAUUCACGCACGUCAUUUCGACUUAUAUUCAAUGUUCUUUGUCGCACUUGCUGCGCGGUAAAGUUUCUCUAAACCACCAAAACUAGCUUCGUGUUUGGGGUUGUAGUAAAUUUUGCUGAGAAGCGUUUCCCUCCUCUUUUCCAUCGAGCUCUGAUUUGUAUAUCAAAACACGUCCACUACAGCAAGUACAAAGACAGCGAAUGCGUUUGAGAAACUCACGCAGUUCUAUACUAGGUGUUUGCGGCUGUCCAAAACAAUUUCCCAUGUUGACAUGACAAGCUUGACAGGAGAAAUGAACACUGUGUCGUAUUGCAACGCGUUUUUAAGACAUUCAGUCACUGGUCGAAAUGUUGUGCUUUGUGGUACUCGUUGUUUUAUUGAAUUUAUCGGCCGUUUUGACGUGCCCAAGGUCUUGCACGUGCUCGACGAGUAUAAAAAUGAUUAAUUGUGCGAACGGUGGUUUCACGCACCUUCCGCGUGGACUAAAAGGUGAUGGACGGUAUCCGACUUUGAUAAUGAUACACAACCAAAUUAAUACACUAACGGAGAAGGACAUGGACGACUUACACGGGUUUAAAGAAGUGGAUAUGAGGGACAAUCCCUUAAACUGUACAUUACUACAUGCUUUAGAUUAUAAAAUGAUUAUAUUGAGUGACUGUAUUUCCAAGUUUCUUAGUACGAAACCUACGGUUACAAAGUUUAACCACAGUACCGCAAAACACGAUUCGGAUCGCUUGAGCCGAACUGAACCCUCCACGAACAAAACAUGGAAAAAGGAAGGGGGAAAAAUGCUAUGGCUGAUCGCGAUUUUACCGCUGGUGAUUGUCCUAGCAGUGUGCGUGUUCCUGAUACGGCGCAGGUUUCUACUACAAAGGCAACGCGUCAUUCGUUCCAAUCCUAUAGAACUUUACCCUCUUAGGCAUGAAGAAGAAGACGAAGUAAUUUUAUUUCAACUGAAAGAAAAACGAAUACAACAUUAGCCAACAAUCCUCAAAAUCUAUCAAACUUUUACAAACUUUUUAUAGACAAUUAUAUUUUACUUUGCGCUAUACCUAAAAUAUCCGUGUUCUUUCCCCUUCCCCCUAUGAAAGUAACAGACAUAAUCUCUCUGCAACUCGGACAUCCACAAAAACCUGCGUCACCGGUACAUCUCGGUUCUUUCUGUUUCUUAAUUGUUACGGUAUUUAAAACAUUGAUUCUACCAUAUUGUUCGUUAUUUAUCAAACAGUUCGUUUUAGCGUUCUCACAAAUCAUUCUAAUCGAUUUAAAGUGACAUGUAAACCAAUCCUUUCCCGAUUCAUAAACUUCUAAAUCCACUGCAUCCAUUCCAUUAAACAAUCUGUAAAUCUGACAUCCGUGUAAUGUAAAACUUGCUGCACAGUAUAAAGGAGUAUAAAACGUUACUUCAAAAAGAUCCAUAGCCAUAAUCAAUCUAAUUACUUAGUUCUCUCUGUGAAAGCUGUGUAAAGACUACGAUCUUGUUCAG